UCCAUUCACUUUUCUUUGUUCCCACUUCCCAAACAGCUUUCAAUUAGAGAGAGAGAGAGAGAGAGAGAGAGAGAGGCGGACAGAGAAUCAAACCUCAUCCAGCUUUGAAGUUAGGGGUUUUGCUGUCACCACCUACCCAAUUCCAAUUCCUAAUCGUCUGAUCAGGUAUAAGAUUUCUGGUUGCAAGGCCUUCUUAGUCAAUAGCCAAGGUUCAUGUCUGAGCUCGACGUACAAAUUCCUACUGCAUUCGAUCCGUUUGCUGAGGCAAAUGCUGAGGAUUCAGGUGCUGGGACAAAAGAUUAUGUACACAUUCGUGUUCAGCAAAGAAACGGUAGGAAAAGCCUGACAACCGUGCAGGGACUGAAGAAGGAAUUUAGCUACAACAAAAUCCUCAAGGACCUUAAGAAGGAAUUUUGUUGCAAUGGUACAGUUGUCCAGGAUCCAGAGCAAGGGCAGGUCAUUCAACUUCAAGGUGAUCAACGAAAGAACGUAUCUGCCUUCCUAGUCCAGGCUGGCAUUGUGAAGAAGGACCACAUCAAGAUUCACGGUUUCUGAGCUGCUUCGUUCAAGUCUCUGCACAAUCCUGUCUAUCAUCGGAGUCCUUGUUAUUUGCAUAUUAUCGCAUCUAAGUUUGAGAUGCGCAGUGUGUUUUUCGGUUUGUUAUAAUUUUCAAGUACCUGUGUAAUGUGUUGUCGUUAUGGAAUGUAUGACAAAUUCUGUUCGUGGUUUUGAAAAUAUCGUAACUUUGUACUUCGUCCUUCA